GAUUUGACUGAGUCAAGAAAUUGUUGAAAUUAUUUUUUCCCUCUAGUCUCCUCUUCAAGACAACGCUACUUCCCGCUCUCGAUUUUCGCACUGAAUUUCAAGGACCAGUGGCCCGGAAUCCAUUGUUGUCCGCAAUAGUUUCUCGGUUUUCACAUUCAAGAUCAAUCCGUACAAUGCUCGGAACGUCUUCUCCAGUUAUCGGAGUUCCAUGGCCCGAUCUCAACGACGGUUUGUUCUACAACGAUGUCGUUAAACCCUCCGACUCCGGGAAGGCUUUGAUCGAGUUCUAUUCUAGCAAAUAUAAGAGCUCGGCUCCAUUGGAGGGCUGGUUGCAGCGAAUUCAGAACGAACAGAUAACAAUCGAUGGUCAAAUUAUCACAGAUCCUGAAACAAUUCUCAGGAUUGGUUCAGAAGUAGUCUAUCGUCGACUUCCGUGGAAAGAACCGGAUACUCCAUAUUUACUGGAGGUUUUAUACGAGGACGAUGAAAUGAUUGCUUUAAAUAAACCGUCUGGCUUGCAAGUAUUACCUGGCGGUGUUUUCCAGCAACGGACAAUUCUGACGCAGCUUCAAUGGUGGUCAAGAAAGCAGAGUUCCUCCGUCUCAGAAGGGUCGCAUCCAGUUCCUGUUCAUCGCCUAGGAAGGGGGACCUCAGGAAUAUUGCUAUGUGCAAAAACAAGGCUCGCUAGAACACAACUUGCUGCAUAUUUUGCUGAUGGAGCCUUUUGUAUCGGGAGAAACAGAAACACCAGUAUGGUGGAAGGUACGAAGAGGAAAAUUUCAAAGAUAUACCGUGCACUUGUAACUGGAAUAGUUCAUGAUGAUGAGGUGAGCAUUGACCAGCCAAUUGGAAGGAUCCAUUAUCCAGGGGUUGCUCAGGGCUUGUAUGUUGCCACUUCCUCAGGGAAACCAGCUUUCAGUAAAGUCGAUGUUCUUGAGAGAGAUGAACAAGGCAAUAACACUUUGGUCCAGGUAGAAAUUCAGUCUGGACGACCCCACCAAAUCCGCAUACACCUUUCUUCAAUAGGACAUCCUCUAUUGGGUGAUCCUCUCUAUGUUGCUGGCGGGCAACCAAACUGUCUUCAUUCUGACUCAGUAAAUCAGAGUUUUGCAGAAGACGGAGGAUACCAGAGGCCUACGAAACCUGUGCCUGGAGAUUGUGGCUACUACUUGCAUGCACAUCAGUUGGUCCUUGAUCACCCGAGAACCAAUGAGGCUGUCAAAAUCAUCGCGCCACUUCCUCCGAUCCUCCGGACACAUGGAGAGGCUGAAGAGUGAAGAUGCCAGAAAUAGGGUGGAUGGAUGGAUUAGACCCAGAACCAUACCCAUAACCAGGACCAGGAUGGAUGUUAGAAAAGAAAUUAAGCUUCUUUUUGGAAAUUAGAAUAAAAAUAUAAUUUAGUCGUGUAAUUAAAAAAGAAAAAGGUCAUUUGAAGAAGUGCUUGGUUAUUCGCAUGCUGGAUUUUGAUUUUGAUCCAAACCAUAGACCAACUAGCAGUGGUGUAUGAAACUGGUGGAAAAAUAAUUUUUUUUUUUUUUUUUUAAUCUUCCUACAAGAGACGGCAAUGAGAACCGUCAAAUUCUACUAUCAUUCAUUUGA